GGCUGAGGGGCGGCCAUGGGCCGCAGCCGCUCCCGGUCACCGCCGCGGCGGGAGCGCCGGCGCUCGCGCUCCACGUCCCGGGACAGGGACAGGCGGCGGCGGGAGCGAUCCCGGUCCCGGGACAGGGACAGGAGGAGGAGCCGGUCCCGCUCCCCGCACCGGAGACGAUCCAGGUCCCCACGCCGGCACCGCUCCAGCUCCUCGUCACCAGUGCGGCCCAAGGAACGCCGGGAUGAGGAGAAGAAGGAGCUCAAGGACUCCAAGAAGGAGAGACAGAUCACAGAGGAGGAUCUGCAGGGCAAGACAGAGGAGGAGAUCGAGAUGAUGAAGAUGAUGGGCUUUGCCUCCUUCGACACCACCAAGGGGAAGAAGGUGGACGGUGCUGCCAAUGCCUACGCCAUCAAUGUGUCCCAGAAGAGGAAGUACAGGCAGUACAUGAACAGAAAAGGAGGAUUCAACAGGCCCCUGGAUUUCAUCGCCUGACUGGGGGACACGGCCCCCACUGCGGAAGGAUUUUGCUUCCCUGGAGGGAUCUGGUGCCGGAUUCCAGCGGAAUUUGGGUUAUUCCCAACAAACCCCACGGCCGGAGCUGCCCCAAGUCACCGUUUCCCAGACUUUUGGUAUUAUUUUUGUACAAAGAGGUCGGUUCCUGGCUGGGAUUUUGCUGUGUGUUCCCUAGUUUUGCUUUGUUUCCCUGUUAAAAAAACCCAGAUCUGUUUUUUCCUUUAA